GUAAGUCAAAAUAUAUAUGCAGGAUCACAAUAUAUACAGCAGUAGCAAAACUUGCUAGCACGGUAAUUUUGACAACUGUUAGGUUAAUCAAUAAACAUAAACGAAAAACAAGGCUAGCAUUCAAGUAUCAUAAACAUUUAACGAGUGUAUACUCAACACGGUAGGUAACUAGGACAAUAUUUGAAUGAAGUAGUUCAAGAACAUGUGGUUUGAAUCAUAAGUAGUCAGUUCAAGCAAGGCAAUGGAGUCCAAUCUUUUCUAAUCAUAGGGGCUGGCGAGCAAGACGAGCUGGGACUUCUUCACCGGUAUAGAGAGGCCUUGCUGUCUGCAGCAAGUCAUGGUAUCCAGGAUUGGACAUCGAAAGAGUAGAGUCGUUAACCUGCCAGUAUGGAUGUCCUCCUUUUUUCGAACAGAGAACAAAUUAGCCAAUCACUGACUCCUCUUACUCCAUGCAAAAUCAUAACACGUAUGAUGAAACAGAUUUAACGGGGAAAAGGAAUCCAAUAUUUAAUUUAUGAUGUUAGUACUAAACCCACAUAAAAGAAAAGGAUUGUGGUUAAUCGACCGUCAGUAUUGAAAUAUUCUAACAUGAUGAUCAACUGAAUAUUGAAUUGUUGCAACUGAGCACAUGGUAAAUCACCACCAAAGUGCAGUUUUAAACGAGCAAGGGAGUACAUGAAUGAGAGAAUAAGUUAAGCAAGGGGUUGUCACCCAAUAUACUUUUUGGAUGUCGUAGUGAAUAGUGAUAGGGAGGACAUGCAGUCAUUUUGUUAAUGAGCAUGAGAGACCCAAAUUGAAAGCACAUAACACCAUGACUUUACAACUACUUUAAAGAGAUGCUUAUACUUUUGGAGAAUAUUUUGGGGGAAACUCGCAAGUAUUAUGUAUUACUAAAUAUUAUAAAAAAAUAUUUACAUUUGUAUAUUAGAGGCACAAAUGGGUGACACGCCAAGGCAUCGUUUAGAAAAAUGUCAGUGAGAACAAAAAUCAAACACCUCUCGUGCACGAAAACCAUCCGCCGCCUCCGGCAAAAGCCCCGCCACUGCCUCGAUCCUCAUUCCCUCCUCAAGGAAGAUCCAUUGGAAAUCCUGUCUAAUCUGUGGAUCAAAACUUUCUCUCAACCUCAAAAACCCUUCACUAACCUUACUGGCUUUCUCUCAAAACUAGAUCUCUGGGUCCUCGCUUACCAACGCACAUAUGCUCAUUUCACUGGUUCUUUCCCGCCUCGGAAUGCUCUCCAAUCCCAUGUUCUAUCCGACCUAGCAUCCCUCCGGAAUACAGUUAUCCGUGGAAAAUUCCUUUGGCAUACAAAAAUCCAUCAAUUUAUUCGUGGCCCUAAUGAGAAACCCAUUACUGAGCAGCUUUCUAGGACUCAGCUCCAAUCUAUACUCAUAUCCAAAACGCCACCGUUUCAGGAUGUUGUGGUACAACAAGCUUUACUUAUGAUAUUUGAACCCAUUUUUGAGCCUAGGUUUUCAUCAAAGUCCCAUGCUUUUCGCCCUGGAAGGAAUCCCCAUACUGUUAUUAGGACCAUUAGAAGUAAUUUUGCUGGUUAUUUGUGGUUUCUGAAAGGUGAUAUUAGUGAGGUUUUUGAUAAUGUUGAUGUUGAUGUCGUUAUGGCCAGUCUUGAAAAAGCUAUCAAGGAUAAGAAAGUGUUGAACUUGAUAAAGUCGGGGUUGAAAGCUCGUCGACGUGGAGAGGAGGAUGAAGAACAAGAAAAAGAUAGCAGGAAGAGAAAGAAGGGGCGGACAAAAAAGAGGAUUUUAAAUGAGAAUGAGCCCAAGCCAGACCCUUAUUGGUUAAGGACAUUCUUUGAGUUUGCUCCGCAGGAGGCUGCUAAGAUACCCAAUUAUGGUGGUUGUGGAAUUCUUAGUCCUUUGUUGGCUAAUGUAUGUCUUAAUGAGCUUGAUCAUAUGUUGGAGCAGAAAAUAGUUGAGUUUUUUAGGCCGUGUGAGCGAGACACGAUAUGGAAAUAUUCUAUGGAUGAUGGUUGUCAUAAUCCUGCUUGGCCUGAGUUUGUUCCUUCGAGUGGAAAAGAGAAGACGAGGAAGAUGGAUUUUAUAAGGUUUGGGGGUCAUUUCUUGGUUGGGAUCCGAGGGCCUAGACAAGAUGCCGUGGAAAUGAGGAAAGAGAUAAUCAAAUUUUGUGAGAGAAUUUUUGGGGUCAGGUUGGACAAUUCAAAAAUAGAGAUUGAGCAUAUUUCUAGGGGAAUUCAGUUCCUGGAUCAUAUUAUUUGUCGUCGUGUUAUUUAUCCAACUCUACGUUACACAGCCAGUGGUGGUAAUAUAGUGAGUGAGAAGGGUGUUGGGACUUUGCUUUCAGUCUCUGCUAGCUUGCAACAAUGUAUUCACCAGUUUAGAAAGCUCAAGCUUGUGAAAGGUGAUAAGGAUCCAGAGCCACUGCCUUGUACACCAAUGCUUUACUCUGGUCAAGCUCAUACUAAUUCUCAAAUGAACAAAUUCCUUGAGACAAUGGCUGAUUGGUUCAGAUAUGCAGAUAAUCGGAGAAAAGUUGUUGGCUUUUGUGCAUAUGUGGUUCGUAGCUCUCUGGCUAAGUUAUAUGCUGCCAGGUAUAGGCUGAAAUCUCGUGCCAAGGUUUAUAAGAUUGCCUCGCGUGAUUUAAGCUGUCCAUUGAGGGAGCACACCAACAAUUCUGCACCUGAGUAUUCAGAUCUUUUGAGGCUGGGACUUGUUGAUACUAUUGAAGGUGUUCAGUUUUCCCACAUGUCUUCGAUUCCGUCAUGUGAUUACACUCCAUUUCCAAGGAAUUGGAUCCCUGAUCAUGAGAAGGUGUUGCGUGAGUAUAUCAACUUACAGGACCCCAAGUUUUUCUACCAGCUGCACAAAUCAGUUAAACAGCAUGGUAUGUGUUUACCUCAAGAUGAGAUCUCUCAUAUUGUGUGGCAGUAUAAGACUCUUGGGGUGCGAAGCUUGUCGCAGAAGUUAUGUGAUGACCAGGGGAUGGAAAAUGCUUAAGAGAAAGUAAUGGUGGCAUUAUCAUGAACGUGGCAUGAAAUGUUAAAGUUCAUCAACAUAUAUUGCUAUUGAUGGUGCCAACUGACUUCUUAUUUUUCUGAAGCUAGACGGUCAAUGUCUAUCUUGAUGGAUAAUAUUAAAGUUGGAGGUUGAUCUCAUUAACAAUCCUGGAGAGCAGAUUAUGCUUGAUUACAGUGAACAGAUUCCUUUAUAAAGCUUUUUCAUUAAAGAUUCAAUUUGUCAAUACAGAUAAAACCAUUUUUAGUACGUCUUUUUGUAAAAUUCUGUACUUAUGGUUGAGACCUGAGAGGAAUAACUGCUCCAAGUAAGCAUCUAUAAUUUGGAUGAAUUUCUGAAAGGAAUAAAUUAUUGACACCGACAUAUGUGCUUUUAGCUUUAGACUUAAACACUCGCCAUCUCCACGCCCCCUACCACAAGAAGAAUAGCUUUGUUUUAAUUGCAUAUGUAAGUUGGAUGAGUUCCAUCAGAGACUUAUAGCCUUAACACUUCAGAGAUCUUCUUUUAGCUUCUUCCUUAGACCCUUGCCUCCACAUGUCUUCCCCCAUGGAAACUGUGUGAUCUGCUGCAAUGGGAUGAAGCAGAGGAUAUCACGCCAAAGCUGAACUGAAGUUAAGGCUAUGAUGUGAUAGCUCAUAAGUUCUCCUGAAAUAAAUGUAGCCAACAAAAAGAAAAGAUGCAUUCCCUGGAUUUUUGCUGCAGCAGCAGAAAAAAGGUUCAUCUUCAGCUAAUCAGCUCCUUAUACCCAUAAAUAGUAAACAGAGAGCUCGUGCCUGCAUGUUUUCUGAAGAAGGAUGAAUAGUAAGCUGUGUGAAUGCUUCCACAAACAAUGGCUUCUCGCUCUUACUUGGGCAUUUUUCAGUUGGAUCUAGACUACACCAGUGGAACAUGAGAAGAGGCUGUUCGGUGAUGAAAGUCAUUGAGACUGCUGGUUGCCUGGCACCAGACCUACCUGAGAAGAGAGAUAUAAUAUUCGUAAGUUAGUUGUAUUCAGAUUGUUAUAUAUGGCAGAAGGUCACGAGUUCAAGCCUUGGAAACAGCCUCUGGCAGAAAUGCAAGGUAAGACUGCGUAUAAUAGACCCUUGUGGUCGGGUCCUUCCCCGAAUCCUGCGAAUAGCGGGAGCUUUAGUGCACCGGACUGCCCUUUUUAUAUAUGGUGUAUUCUAUCUUACAUGGGACCAGUAAUAAUAACAUCAGUGCAGUGUAACAUGUUGCAAUGUUUCUAAUUUGUUGAUUGAGUCAUAAUUCAUCCCAUCUGCUUAUUCUAUCUUAAAGUUAUCAAAAUCCAUCUUUCAGAUACACACUUUCACAAAUAACGCUGCAGAUUAGUUAAGUAUUGGGGUGAGGUGAUUAGCCAGGACAUGGAUAGCUUCAGCUCACCGAGGAUAUGACCCUUGAUAGGAGGGUGUGGAGGUCGAGGAUUAGGAUAGAAGGUUUGUAGAUAAGCUCACCGAGGAUAUGACCCUUGAUAGGAGGAUGUGGAGGUCGAGGAUUAGGAUAGAAGGUUAGUAGAUAGUUGAGUGUUUUGUUUUCCCAUUUCCGGAGUAUUAGUAUUAGUCUUGUUUUUUUUUUAUUCUUAGAUUUAUACUUCUGUUUCUGUUUGUUGAUUCUUUAGCCUUGAUUAUUGUAUUUUUAUGUUGUUCUUCCUGCUUGUUACUGCUAUACUCUUUUUCAUCAGUUUUGAGCCAAGGGUCUAUUGGAAACAACCUCUCUUCCUUUCAAGGUAGGCGUGUAAGGUCUGCGUACACACUUUUACCCCACUUGUGGGAUUACACUGGGUAUGUUCUCGUUGUUGUAUUAGUGAAGUGCACAAAUCAAUUUUUCUUUGUUCUUUUGAAAUGAACAAUCCAACAUCAUUUUGGGCUGACGAUUCCUUUGUACUUACCAACCAGAAUGCUAGACAAGUUUCUGAAGUCUCAAACCUAACAUACGUUCUGAAGGUAUUUUUUUGAUCAAAAAGACAAAUUUUUCAUUACUUGGAGCAAAAAAAAUACAGGGAAUUGACAGCCCAUAGAGCGUAGCAGCAGACUUUGUUACAAUAGUAGUAGAAGAAAGAGUAAAGGGCAUUGUAGUGUAGGUUGCACUUCAUGCGUUGCCAGCUAUACUAUCUGGCAUUGGGUUAAAAAAAUUAACAGUUCGACAAAUAGUAGUGCCUAUUCCAUCCUCUUCAAUCGUGUGACUGGCAAAAGACGGCGUAGAAUCAAAAAGAGUGAGAUUGAGCAGUGCAUCGUUGUUAGCUCCAUGCCUGGCUAGGCUAUCCGCUACUUGAUUUUGCUCCCUGUAAAUGUGAGUUAUGGAGGGCUCAUGCUGCUGUUGGAUUGCGGACCUGCAAUCAGACAAAAUAUUCGCAUAUUUUGCAUUAGGUGAUGUCAACAGUGUAUCUCUUUUGCAUCUAUAUCAUCUUGGAGUGGUGUAUGAACCAGGCUUGUAGCCAAGUCGAAAAAAGAACAAAGCUAUACUAGUGAGCACAAACGAUUGUAUCCGUAAUAUACUUAACCCGCUGCAAGAAAGAUGGCAUGAGCCUGAUGAUUCGUUUGGUUUCAGCCCAUUUUAGUUUAUUGUAAUCUGUAGAACCAAGAGAUUAUUAGUAACCCUUUAGGGAAAGUCGUAUGGCCAAUAUACUUACUUAAGGUUGUUGAAUGCAUGCUAAUCAAUUUAUUGCAACUUCUUGCUACUUGUAUGCAUUCUAUAUUUUUAUAUGUUUGUUCAAAUUACUCAUGUGGAACUAGC